AUGUCCAAUUACAUGAUGUAUCUACUAUUUGUGAAUCCUGAGAUGCUAAUGGCAGGCACUAGAAGGAACCUUUUCAUGGCCGCCUACAAAGAACUGAAGGGCAUCAUUAUCCAGGGAGACAAGCAACCUCCCAAGGAAAGAGAGCUUACGCAGGGGAUAAUCGCUGCGCUGGAUGAUGAAGGAGUAUCUCCACCUUCAGAUGAUACCCAGCAGCAACAGGGGGGCAUUAUCCGUGACGCUUGGAGUAUUUUCAAAGUGCUGUCGAGUCUGCCUGAAGGGAAGAUGUGGGAUGUGAUCGAAGGCGUGUGGGUGGAGAAGUUGUGCUUCUCUGCCGCUAGAUGCAGAGGAUACCUGCAUGCCAAGGGUCUGGCCACGGGUGUGGAGUACCUGACCUAUGUUUGGCUGCUGCAGUACUACAUGGGGAUGGAGACUUUGUCAGAAAAACUGCAGAGGGUGGAUCAUCAUCACCAUCACAACGGAGGAGAGCAUGGGGAUGACCCUUCAACUCCUGGUGUCAGCAGGGUCACGACUGCCCGAGAGGAAGCUGUUGGUCCUUCAAGAUCAAGUGGUGGUGCCGCCGAAGAACAAGCCACCGGUCAAUCCGCCGGUUACCAUGACAGUGAUGGCAUAGUGGAAGAAAUCGUCUGAUUCACUAUGAUGAUUCUGGGUGCCAAUUCAUCUCUGCUUCGUAUUGCUCUGUUCACUUUUAUAUGCGUGCCAAUACUUUUUUUCCUGUUGAUUAAUGGCAAUAUGCAUGUUUUGUUGGUGUCGUUUUCUGCUACUUAAGUCCCUUUCUGUUGCUGACUUCAAUAAAGAGUAUGCAAGUCUGCUGUAA